AUGUCUCGUCGAAUUGCACAAAUCACUCUCGUGAUUUGCUUUCUCCUCUUCACCACCGUCCUCGCGAAUUCGGCAACAGAUGUCUAUCGACGCGCAGAGCGGCUGGAAAAGCGCGCUCGCGAUAUCAGACAUCACCACCAGCAGCAGAACAGCUCCCCGGAACCAGUGGAGCGGAGACAGGACGGGAAGAAGUUCUUGACGGAGAAAACCAGGCCGUUCGAGGUCGAUGGCUCCAAAAUUCCACUCGUCGACUUUGACGUGGGCGAGUCAUAUGCGGGUUUGAUGCCCAUCUCAGGCGAUGCCGACGAGACUCGAAAACUGUUCUUCUGGUUCUGGCCCAGCGUCAAGGGCGAUGCGCCCAAGGAAAUCGCUAUUUGGUUCAAUGGAGGUCCGGGCUGCAGCUCGUUGAUUGGCUUGUUAUCGGAAAAUGGACCGUUUCUGUGGCAAGAAGGGACCGAAGGUCCAACCCCCAAUACGUACGACUGGAGAAAUUUGACCAAUGUCGUGUGGGUGGAACAACCCGUCGGAGUCGGCUAUACCGAGGGCAAAGUGGACAUCAAGAAUGAAGAAGAACUCGCCAAAGAAUUUGUGGGCUUUUACACGCAAUUCAUGAAGACGUUUGAUAUGCAAGGCUACGACAUUUACUUGACGGGCGAGAGUUAUGCCGGCUACUAUCUUCCCUACAUUGGUGCUGAAUUCAUCAAUGUCGACUCUCCCGAUAUGCCCCUCACAGGAAUCCAUAUCAACGAUCCCAUCAUCGGCACAAACGAAGCGGCGCAGGUAGCAACAGUCGUCCCAUAUGUCCAGUACUGGAACAACAUCCUCUACAUCAACCAGACCACCAUGGACAAGCUCGCCUCCGCCCACAAGACUUGCGGCUACGAAGACUUACUCGCCACAUACCUGACCUACCCUCCCCCACAACGCCCCUUUCCCGUCAUCCCAGACCCCACGGCCAACUACGACGACAAGACCCAGUUUGCCGACCCCUGCGACCCCCUCAGCAUUGCCUAUGAAGCAGCCGUCUACAGUAAUCCCUGCUUGAACAUCUACCGCAUCGCCGAUAUGUGUCCCCACCUCGAAUCAGCUUUGGGCGAACAACGCAACCAGGGCGAGGACAAAGCAAUCUAUUUCAAUCGCAGCGACGUGAAGCAGAUACUCCAUGUUGCCGAGAGCGCCUCUUGGGGCGAGUGCACCGGCUCGCCAGGCGUGUUCGUACCCGUGGGCAACAACACGGAUGGGGGCGAUCAGAGUGCCCCGCCGGCGUUGAAUGGCGUGUUGACCAAGGUGAUCGAGAAGACGGGCCGGGUGAUUAUUGGAUCGGGCGGACUCGAUAUGCUGUUAAACACCAACGGCACCCUCCUGUCCAUUCAGAACAUGACAUGGAAUGGCAUGCAAGGCUUCCAGGAAUACCCGGGCAAGGACUUCUUCGCUCCCUAUCACGAGGAAUGGAACCCGCAAACCCUCGCUUCCUCUGGAAACGUCGGCACCUGGGGCUCAGAGCGCGGUCUGACAUUCUACUACGUGCAGCUUGCAGGUCAUAUGGUACCCGGAAAUGCACCCGGACCGAGCUAUCGUGUGCUGGAAGUGUUGUUGGGCCGGGUUGACAACCUGGGCUCGACAGAACCGUUUACCACGCAGUCCGGGAACGCGGCAGGAGGAGGAGGAGGCGGUUUGGACAGGAAUCAUGCUGUCACGGGAUGGCGUCAUGGUAGUAAUGGUGUCGGGCGCUUCCCCCUAAAAGGUGCUGCCGAUUUACCAUAA